AUGCAGCCAUCACAUCUGAGAAUUGGGCACCAAUCAAAGAUGGAAAAGGAUUAUCUAAUACCUGCCUCUGAAAGCAUUCUACUGGAACAUGGACUGUCUGUCGACAACCAUCAGGGUGAAAAGCUGGAGGAACUUGUGGUUGUUCACUUAGUGAAGCUGCUCUUGAAGGAGGUGAACCUUCUGCAGUAUUGUACAUCUCUGAAGUUCUGCACCUUGGCUGAUAACUACAUCACAGACAUCAGAGCUCUUCAGCCAUGUGUACACCUUGUUAAGUUGGACUUACAUGGAAAUCAGAUACAGAAUCUUCCUGGGAUGGAAUUCUGGAGACAUCUGAAGGACCUGAAACUGCUUUACCUGCACAACAAUCGCAUUGGAAAUGUGAGAAAUGUAGAAUUCUUAUCCACUUGUCCUGCACUCUUAGGUCUCACCCUCUAUGACACACCACUGAGCUUGCAGAAAAACUACCGCCAUAUCGUGGUCAACAGUAUAUGGUCACUAAAAGCCUUAGAUCACUUUGUAAUCUCCGAUGAAGAAAUUAUCGAGGACUGGACUCUGCAUGGCGGAUUCAAAGCACUAAGCCCGGAUCUGCAACUGAAUAUGUUACUUGCUCCCAGCAAGGAGAUCUUCUCCGUGCAAAGCGAGACAAAAGACACGAGCAAAAUCAUUACAAAAAUCAAUUGCGUUCUGGCCGCCUCCUCUCCGGUGCUAAUUGUCCAGAAAUGGAUACGAGGGUAUUUAGUGCGGCGGAGGAUGGGGUACGUAGAACACUCUCCGAUCGGUUUUAUGUUUGUUUGGAGCGGGCUGAGAAAAUAA